AUUCUGAUAGGGUGGUACACUAAGUAGCGUAAAACUCUGUAUUAGAGUGGUACGCUCACUAUCGCGGUGUGUUAGCAACACCUAACAUGUGUUGGCGAGUGUCACGGUAAGUACUGUACAAGUAAUAAUUGCCAUAUCAACUUAAUAGUGGUAUUUCGCGCCAAAUCUCAGAUGUAGUGUGGCCUGUUGGAAGCGUGUUACCGAGAUGUUCAGUGCAGCUAAAUCGCAAAAGAAAAAAACUGAUCAACUGGAAGGGCCAUGCAGAGUUAAGAAUUGCAGAUCUUAUGGCAAAAUAUUUCUAGACCUGUAUCGGCACUUAAAACUGUAUCAUCCACUACUGACUGUUGUUGAUCACCGGAAGCUGCCAGUUCCAUCUGAUAAUGACCUUUUAUCAGCAAACCAUAGACCUUACAUGAAAUAUCGUAAAAGAGAGUUCUGUAAGGUCACUGGUUGUCCCAAACAGUGGGAAGCUUUCAAUGAUCUUACAAGACAUCUUAGAAAGAAACACAAGAUCAGCAGGGAAGAAUAUCAUAAUUUGUAUCCAAAAAUUGAACUGGAGCUCAAAGUCACAUCACUGUAUGAGGAUGGAACAUCAAUUAUCCUUCCAGAAGAGCUUGAUUUCUUUAAAAAAAUAGAUUCUGAUGAUUUCACUGACUUCCCUGAUAUCCCAGCAGAGUGCCCAAUAAGGGACGAAAAAAGAGGUAGCACACCUAUCAGAGAUGAAUCAAAAGAUUGGUUUAUUAAGAGAUGGUUACUUGGAGCAAGGUUCUCGACAGCAGAAGUCCAAGAAGAAAAAGAUCAUAAAAAAGUGUUCUUGUUGCAUUGGUUGGGUGGAAAAGAAAGUUUUAGUGACUGUUUCGGGCAGACCGAUGUAUCGGAAUAUCAAAAAACAUGCAUGCUCCAUGUCGAAUCUUCUGCCUCACACUUGUUUGAGGCACGGCGGCUUACCCCUAUCUUUGAUAAUACACAGGCUAGCUUUAAAAUAUCGAAAAGGCUGUUGUUGGCAAAAACGUUUGCCUCUAGAGAAGAGGAAUUCUAUUUUAGGAAAUCUCUUUUCUGUUGUGAAAUUUAUUUUUGUAGGUUUAAAGAGGGAGUUUUCGAAUUUGAAUGUACUUUUUGCAAGAAAUUUCACACUGUUUUGUUAAUAUACCAGGUAUUAUUUGAGGAUGAAAGUUAAAGAAUAACAAAAAAGUCUCUUUUUUAGAAAUUACCAUUAGUAAUUUCUAUAGUUCUCGCACCGAUGUUUCUCUAAACCUGUAAUUUUCUGUUUGUGUUUCAUUGCAGCUAUGAAGUUUCAACGAUGGAAAGUAAUGACAUGUGGAGAAAUUCACAAAACAGAUCCAAUACACUGUUCGAAGGAAAAAUAUGCUUUAUUUUUUAGUAAUUUUUAUCAACCCAGGGUCAUUAGAACCAGGUAAACACGCUGAGGAAGCACUGGGAAAAUGCCUUCCAUCAAAACUGUAUCGAAACGAAUAGUUUGUGGAUUUGUCCUUCUUUGGUUAAUAGUAGCUGCACACACUCUCCUUAGCCAUCCAUUUUCGGGAAACAUCAAUUUUGGUCUUAUCAAGGCCAGAAAUGUGAGCAUUAAUGGUUCAAAAUAGGAUAUAACAAGUUCCCCGUGGUCAAAGGGACGGGAAGGGUGAUGGGUUUAUGGGGAGGCGGUGUUGGUUGCUCGUCUUGCAGAUCUUUUGCCCGGAGUACUGGUUCCAUCUAGUCUUACUCAUAUCUUAAUUGUCAAGUCUGGUGUGUCGUACUUUGACCUUUUUGUUAGGCUUAAGGAUACCUGAUCAAAAUACCUGAUUUGUCGACUGUUUCAAACAAUGUCUUUUUUAUUGGCUGUGAUUCUUUUCCGAAGGUUCUAGCCCCUGCGUGGCUUAUUAUGAACUAGCUUGUGCUUGCUUUCUUUGUGUUGCUGCCUAUGCUGCCUCUGUUUGGCAAUUUUGCAAUAGUUUGGAAACUAAACACAAGUAUUCAAUCGAUUUAUAAGAUAUUUGUGACAACAGGGAUUUUUUUUAUUGUCUCUUUGUAAAGAGCUGUCUUAGACAUCCGAAAACUCUCGUUCUUAUCUCUGAGUUGUUUUUCUGUGCCCAUUACGAUUUUAUACCCAUUCUUCACAUCUUCAUGUCUUUUUAGUUGCUUUCUUUCUUUUCUUUAGCUGAGAGCAAGGAAUUUUGUUUUUAAUAGAUCUUUGUUUUUUAUGCAUGAAAUACGGAAGA